UCGCGGGUGGCGGGGAACAAUAGUGGUAAAGGUGAUGAAGCGUUUGGAGUCCACGGCGCGGCCUCGUGGGGACAGCGUUUCCGAACCCGGACACCUGUCGGGGCUCCUGCGCGGGCUUUGGGCCCUGCCCUGGGCGGAUCCGCUGUCCGAGGCUCAGUUUGGUGGACUGUGCAGCGGGGAGAAUGGGCGCGCUUGACCGGCCGGACCCCACGGCCCUUCCCAGGUUCUCUAAUGAUCUUGCUUCACCAUGGCUACAAAUAUGGAGGGGCUGGUUCAGCACAGAGUGGGGACCCAGCAGGUGGCUGAGGUACCGCGUCCACAGACCCAUCGGCCGGAAUCUCCAGGGAUGACCAGCCCCUCCCCGCGCAUCCAGAUCAUCUCCACCGACUCCGCGGUAGCCUCACCUCAGCGCAUUCAGAUCGUGACAGACCAGCAGACGGGACAGAAGAUCCAGAUCGUCACCGCAGUGGACGCCUCGGGAUCCUCCAAGCAGCAGUUCAUCCUGACCAGCCCAGAUGGAGCUGGGGCCGGGAAGGUGAUCCUGGCUUCCCCAGAGACGUCCAGCGCCAAGCAGCUCAUCUUCACCACCGCCGACAACCUCGUCCCCGGCAGGAUCCAGGUAGGCUGUCCGCGGACGCCUGCGGGGGACAGGCGCGCAGUGCCCAGUGGAGUUCCGGCAGCGCGGCAGGUCCCUGGUGUGCCCGGAACAGCUGCCUGCCAUCCAUGCCCUGUGCGUGCUGCGGCUGCUGGGAAGACCGCGGGGGCUCCUGGGAGGGGAUGCGCCUGGUCUCCUGCUCAGGGCCCCCUGUCCCAGGCCCUGGUGGACGCCCUCUGCAGCCCAGGCCAGGGCCAAACCCGCUGUCGUGUCCUUGCAGGCCGUCACUAUGGGGCCGUCAGCUGCGAGGGCUGCAAGGGUUUCUUCAAGAGGAGCGUGAGGAAGAGCCUGACCUACAGCUGCCGCAGCAGCCAGGACUGCGUCAUCAACAAGCACCACCGCAACCGCUGCCAGUUCUGCCGCCUCAAGAAGUGCCUGGAGAUGGGCAUGAAGAUGGAAUCUGUGCAGAGCGAGCGGAAGCCCUUCGACGUGCAGCGGGAGAAACCAAGCAAUUGUGCCGCUUCCACAGAGAAAAUCUAUAUCCGGAAAGACCUGCGAAGUCCCCUGAUAGCCACCCCCACGUUUGUGGCAGAUAAAGAUGGAACCAGACAGACGGGCCUUCUCGAUCCAGGGAUGCUCGUCAACAUCCAGCAGCCGCUGAUACGCGAGGACGGCACGGUGCUCCUGGCCACGGAUUCCAAGGCUGAGACGAGCCAGGGAGCUCUGGGCACCCUGGCGAACGUGGUGACCUCCCUGGCCAACCUGAGCGAGUCCCUGAACAAUGGCGACACUUCAGAGAUCCAGCCGGAGGACCAGUCUGCCAGCGAGAUCACGCGGGCGUUUGACACCUUAGCUAAAGCACUUAACACGGCAGACGGCGCCUCGCCCCCCGGCCUGGCGGACGGCGUGGACACCAGCGGAGGGGGCAGCAUCCACGUCAUCAGCAGAGACCAGUCGACGCCCAUCAUCGAGGUCGAGGGCCCCCUCCUUUCAGACACACACGUCACCUUUAAGCUGACCAUGCCCAGCCCGAUGCCCGAGUACCUCAACGUGCACUACAUCUGCGAGUCCGCCUCCCGCCUGCUCUUCCUCUCCAUGCACUGGGCCCGCUCCAUCCCCGCCUUCCAGGCCCUCGGGCAGGACUGCAACACGAGCCUGGUGCGGGCCUGCUGGAACGAGCUCUUCACCCUGGGCCUGGCCCAGUGCGCCCAGGUCAUGAGCCUCUCCACCAUCCUGGCCGCCAUCGUCAACCACCUGCAGAACAGCAUCCAGGAAGACAAGCUGUCGGGCGAGCGCAUCAAGCAGGUCAUGGAGCACAUCUGGAAGCUGCAGGAGUUCUGCAACGGCAUGGCGCGGCUCGAGGUGGACGGCUAUGAGUACGCAUACCUUAAAGCUAUAGUUCUCUUUAGCCCCGAUCACCCAGGUCUGACGGGCACGAGCCAGAUCGAGAAGUUCCAGGAGAAGGCGCAGAUGGAGCUGCAGGACUACGUGCAGAAGACCUACGCCGAGGACACCUACCGAUUGGCCCGGAUCCUCGUCCGCCUGCCUGCGCUCAGGCUGAUGAGCUCCAGCAUAACGGAGGAACUCUUUUUCACUGGUCUCAUUGGCAAUGUUUCAAUAGACAGCAUAAUCCCCUACAUCCUCAAGAUGGAGACGGCGGAGUACAACGGCCAGAUCACCGGAGCCAGCCUAUAGUACCCACGCGCGCCCGCCACCGCCCGUGGGACCCGCCAGGACCGCUCGGACCAAGGGGAGCAAAAGUAGUGGUGUUUGGUAUGUGCAAAGGGUGGCCGGGUCCCACCCGGUUCCUCCUGUUGACCCCAGACAGUGGGAUCCUCU